AUGGAGGUUGCCGUUCAAGUGUUCGGGGCGGCAGGGCUCGUCGAAACCGUGGUAGAAGUCGCCUACGUCGUUACCACCCUGCGCCGAUUCACCACCUUCGAAGAAUGGUACUUCUUGGCUUCCGUUAGCUUCGAGGUGGCCGGCGAGCUCCUCUUCCUCUUCGCCGGCAUCUGCCUCCUGAGCCGAAACUCGAACCGCCGAACCACCGCCAGGGCGCUCACGAAGGACCCGGUCCACCACGUGGCGGCGGUGGCUACCGACUCCGACUACAUGAGCUGGGAGUUCGCGGCCCUGUCUCUCGCCUCCACGGUUGUCUCCCUGCUGCCGUUGCUCGCCUGGGCUACCUUCUUGCCAGUCUGGGGGGAGCCGUUCGCCGAAGACGGCGGCGAUGAAGGCCUACGCGUAGCCUUGUCCGCGUUUUCUCUGACCGGGGUCGUGGCGAUGCUGGCCUCGGGGGAGAGAGCCAGGAGGUCGUCGCCGGGGUCGAAGCGGCAGCGAGCCAUGGACACCCUGGUUGUUGUCGGCGUCGUCAGCUACGCCACGCAGAAGGCCUUCGAGGUGUGCGUGCUCGCGUCGGCCUGGGAGAGGCUGUGCACGGGCGUGCUGGGCAAGGCUCUGGUCGUUCUCCUGACGGUGGAGAUUUUGUCCGUAGCGUUUGCCGUGGUGGUGAUUUUCUCGGUCGUUCGCCGAGAUUUCUAGCCGCGGCGGGACCACGAACAAAAAAAAAAGAAAAAGGCUCGUUCGAGACGUAGUGGCAGGUACGUGUGCCGAAGAGGCCCGACCUGUG